AGAAAGCGAACGACGCAGGCAGGCUGCGCGGACCCCAGCGGCCAGCCCUGCCUCAGGGACCCCUGAGCGGAGAGACGGCGCCAUGACUCAGGGCAAGCUCUCCGUGGCUAACAAGGCCCCCGGGACUGAGGGGCAGCAGCAGGCACAUGGCGAGAAGGAGGCUCCAGCAGUGCCCUCGGCCCCACCCUCCUAUGAAGAGGCCACCUCUGGAGAGGGGCUGAAGGCAGGAGCCUUCCCUCCAGCCCCCACGGCUGUGCCUCUCCACCCCAGCUGGGCCUACGUGGACCCCAGCAGCAGCUCCAGCUAUGACCGCGGUUUCCCCACCGGACACCAUGAACUCUUCUCCACCUUCAGUUGGGAUGACCAGAAAGUUCGCCGAGUCUUCAUCAGAAAGGUCUAUACCAUCCUGCUCAUCCAGCUGUUGGUGACUUUGGCUGUCGUGGCUCUCUUUACUUUCUGUGACCCGGUAAAAGACUAUGUUCAGGCCAAUCCAGGCUGGUACUGGGCAUCCUAUGCUGUAUUCUUUGUCACCUACCUGACCCUGGCUUGUUGUUCUGGACCCAGGAGGCACUUUCCUUGGAACCUGAUUCUUCUCACCGUCUUUACCCUGUCCAUGGCCUACCUCACCGGGAUGUUGUCCAGCUACUACAACACCACGUCUGUGCUGUUGUGCCUGGGCAUCACAGCCCUCGUCUGCCUCUCCGUCACCAUCUUCAGCUUCCAGACCAAGUUUGACUUCACCUCCUGCCAGGGAGUGAUCUUCGUGCUACUCAUGACCCUUCUCUUCAGCGGACUUAUCCUAGCCAUCAUCCUGCCCUUCCAAUAUGUGCCCUGGCUGCAUGCAGUCUACGCCGUGCUGGGAGCUGGUGUGUUUACUCUGUUCCUGGCGUUCGACACCCAGUUGCUGAUGGGCAACCGCCGCCACUCGCUGAGCCCCGAAGAGUACAUUUUUGGAGCCCUCAACAUCUACCUGGACAUCAUCUACAUCUUCACCUUCUUCCUGCAGCUGUUUGGCACCAACCGGGACUGAGGAGCCCCGCCUGCACCCCACCCCUGCCUCCUGCCAGAGAAUGCGCCUUGCUGGUCCCCUGCCCCUCCCCGUGCUCCCGCAAGACCAGACAUAAAACUAGCUGCC